CAGUUCAAAUCAUUCAAGUGUUGUGGACGAACGUGAUAGAGAGCUAGUCGAAAUGGACGAGUUUCUGGGAAAAAAAUACGCCUUAAAAAAGUCGGAUAAUUUUGAAGAAUAUCUUGUAUUUAUUGGUAAAAACUAUUUCCAAAGAAAAGCGGCCAUUUCCCUGAGCCAAGAGAACUGGUUGACCAGGGACGAAACCGGAGCGUACACAUUCCACUUCCAUUCUCCUUUUGCUAGCUCUUCUGUAACCUUUAUAUCAGGGGAAGAGGUGGAGGAGACUAGAGCUGAUGGUGUUAAGGUGAAAGCAUUAAUUACAAUAGAAGACAACAAAAUGAUCCACAUACAGACGGAGGAAAACGGAAGAAUCUCAAAACACGAACGUGUGUUUUCACCGGACUCAAUGACAGCGAUAACUACGUUCACAACUGUGUAUGGUGCCGAGAAAACUGCAACAAGACACUAUGUUUUAGUCAAAUGAUUAUUAUAUCAAAUAAAUCAUAAUCUAAGGCUCGCAUACCGGUUA